UUUCCUCUCUAUUCCUCUCUUCUUAUUCUAAUGCAGGACAAUAACAAUGUCAAUAUCUAUCUUCAUCAUAUGGAUAUUAUGUUGUGUACCAUUGUCAUUAAUCCAUGCACAAGAUGUUCCAGCUCCAAGAGGAUUUCUAGUUAGUUGUGGGUCAACAGAAAGCAUAAACAUAAAUGGUUUAAAGUACAUACCAGAUCAAAGUUUCAUCUCUAUCGGAAACAUAGGAAGUGUUAAAAACAAGACAAAUCAAAUAUUUCCAAUUUUAUCAAAACUAAGGUACUUUCCCGAUAAGGCAAGUCGCAAAAGCUGUUACACAUUUCAAGCUACAAAAGGGUCCAAAUACUUGGUAAGAACAACAUAUUAUUAUGGCAAUUUUGAUGGGCGAAAUAAAGCACCAGAAUUCGAUCAAAUUAUUGAUGGAACAACUUGGGGUAGUGUUAAUACAACUGAGGAUUAUGUUAAUGGUCUUGCUUCUUAUUAUGAGAUUAUAGUUAUGGCUCAAAGUACAGUUAUUUCUGUUUGUUUGGCUCGUAAUCAGCACACUUCUGGUGAUUCUAGUCCUUUUAUAUCUGCUAUUGAAGUUAUGUUCCUUGAUCAUUCUUUAUAUAAGUCUGUUGAUUUACAAAAGUAUGCAUUAAGUACGGUUGCUCGUCAUACUUUUGGUAAUCUAAAGGAUGAUAAGCAUAGAAAGGAAGCUAGUUUUAUCAGUUAUCCAGAUGAUACAUUUCAUAGAAUGUGGCAACAAUUCAAAGAUUCAAAUCCAACAGUAAAAUGUCAAUCAAACAUAACACCUUCAGAUUUCUGGAACAUGCCACCAAAGAAGGCAUUAAAUUCAGCAAUUACAACAAGCAGAGGGAAAACUCUCCGAAUCCAAUGGCCACCAACGACACUACCAGGAAAUUACUACCAUAUUUCUCUUUACUUUCAGGAUAAUAGAACUCCAAGUCCUUACAGUUGGAGAGUAUUCAAUGUGUCAAUAAAUGGUGACACAUUUUAUCCAAAGCUAAAUGUCACUACUGCUGGUGUCAAUGUUUAUGCUACAAAAUGGCCACUUUCUGGUCAAACUCAGAUCACACUUGUUCCUGAUAAUGGGAUUCCUGUUGGCCCUAUUAUUAAUGCUGCUGAGAUUUAUCUCAUACUUCCUAUUGCUGGGAGGACUAAUUCUAGGGAUGUGGCGGCUAUGGAGGAUUUAGACAGAAGUUUGAACAACCCACCUGCAGAUUGGAAUGGAGAUCCUUGUUUACCUCCACAAAAUUCAUGGACUGGAGUCACAUGUUCCCAACCAGUUGAUUUAUUAGUCCGUGUUUCUUCUUUGAAUUUGACAGGUUUGGGACUCACCGGAUCAUUAUCAACAACUAUAGGAAAUCUAAGUGCCAUAAGCCAUAUUUGGCUUGGAAACAACAAGCUUUCAGGUUCAUUACCAGAUCUAAGCUCCAUGAAAAUGCUAGAGACUUUGCAUUUGGAGAACAAUCAAUUUGAAGGAACAAUCCCUGAAUCACUUGCUAAUCUUCCACGUAUCCGUGAGAUAUAUCUUCAGAAUAACAAGUUUAAGAGUAUCCCAGAGAGCUUAAGGAAUCGACAGGGGCUUAAGGUGCUAUUUUAAUUUAAGAUCCACAAAGAUCAUAAUUUACAAAGGAGGUGUUAAAAAGUUUUGCUUCACAAAUUGUUCAAUGGACAGAAAUACAUUGUAUUAUACUCCCCUCAAGAAGAAUUUGAUCAUAACUCAUAAGUACAUGAACUGUUUAUUAUGCUAUUUUUCAAUUAUACUUGUUACCCUAGCUUGUAAAUUUACCAAAAUUAAUUGUGCUUAGUCUAAUUCUUUGUAUGAGUAUCAUGUUUAGAUUUUGUUUUAAAAGCAUUCAUUUAUAAUGUUUUAUUUGCAUAUAUAAUAUUUUAUUUUCAUAUUUAAUUUAUGUAUUUAUUUUAUAUUUUAUUCAGUAAUUAUUUAGUUUGUUUUUUGUAACAAUUGUAAGUUGUGUAUUUGUAGCCUUUGCAAGCAACAAUUAACUAUGCUCAGUACUUAUUGAUCAAUUUUAA